CGUGAAGUUCACAAAAGGUGCGCGGUCUCACAGCUGUUUCCAAAUUCGUUCGCGGAUCAUCGCGGGAUGCUGGUCAGCGGGCACGCGUGUUCGCAAACAAAUCCAAUGUACUGGCGAGCCUGAGGGUUGUACAGGAAAAGAGACGGGACUUCUUCUGUGGUGUCUGUCGACCGCAUCGCACGCGAUUAACCUACGUGAAAUUCCUCUUUUACAGGCUGACCUACUUCUCAUCUUGAAACGCGCUUAAAGUUGGAUCAGCGGUCAGACUCGUGUGCGGAUCAUGCUACGGCCAGUCUUUUAAAUUAUUUACAUAUUUAUAACUCUACACUCAGCAUUAUGCCAGAUAGAAAUACAAAAAUGGAGAAUGAAGAUGAACAAAAACAUAAUACAAAUGAUGCUAGUACAUCAACAAACUGUGAUAUUAAUGUACAUACAAAUGCGCAAAAUGAAGUCCAUAGACAACCAACGCCAAAUUUUUUGAUGGGUGGAUUAACCGGAGCAUCACCACCAAAAUUCGUGUCUUUUGACGAAAUUGUUAAAGCUGCCAAUGGUAUGAAAAAUAUGGCUUUAGCGCACGAAAUCGCAGUAGAUGUAAACUUUCAGCUGCAAAAAUUGGAGCCAGAAGACGGUAGUUUUCAUAGGCGAGUAAAAGAAAUAAUGCACAAAGCUUUUUGGAAUCUAUUAGCGGAGCAGUUGGCUGAAGAUCCGCCAGAUUAUUCGCACGCGCUGGUUUUAAUGAAAGAAAUUAAAGAAUCACUGGAUGAACUGGUACCAUUACACAAUGCAAAGAUUAAGGAAAAUAUUAGAGAAGUACUUGAUUUGGAUUUGAUCAAGCAGCAAGCGGAGAAAGGCGUAUUAGAUUUUCAUCAUUACGGGCAAUACAUAAUCUCCAUUAUGAGUAAAAUAUGUGCGCCAGUGAGAGAUGAGAAAAUCAGAGAGCUAUCACAGCAGGUGGACAUUGUUGAGACGUUCAAGGGUGUCAUGGAAUUGUUGCAGUUAAUGAGAUUGGAUUUGGCAAAUUUUACCAUUACGAUGAUGAGACCGAAUAUCAUUGCUUCGAGUAUCGAAUACGAGAAAGCCAAGUUUGCUGAUUUUUUAAAGAUUAAUUCAAAUGGCUUGCAAUAUACAGAAAAAUGGUUACUAAGACAUUUCGAUGCAGAAAAAGUCACAGGUUCAUCGAGUACUGGUACUAAUAAUGUAAGACAAAUUACUCAUUCUUUAUUGACAGAGGCAUAUCUUGACCUCUUGGAAUGGGAUUUCAACCCGGAUGCCGAGACAUUGAUGUUGGAUCAAGGAAGACUUCUGGAAUUACGUGACAUAAUUAGUAGAUUGAGCAUCGUCGGUUCUGUGAUAUUAUUGGUUAAUAAUACAAUUGGUGCUCCAAUUCAUGGGGUUUUGAGCUUUAAAAAGAAUAUCAAGGAACACUUGAAUGCACUGUUGGAUUCUGUACAUUCAAACAAAGAUCUAGAAGUUGCAAUACCAAAUAUUAUACUACAAGUAAAAACAGAUGUAAAAACAACAUUACAAGAAAUCAAUGCUGCCGAGUUGUCACCAGAAUUAGAAACGCUUUUAGAAGGUCAAAUAGCUGAUCUUAUAGAUCCAAAACAUAAAAUCAGAUAUCUCGUCAGUCUACGAAUUAGACAGUUCCUACAGAAAAUUAUUCAAUCGCAAUCCACUGCGCCCCAACAAGUACCACCAGGCCUCUCUUCAUUGCAAGAGGAAUUAACCGCCAUUGCUGCCCGAUUUGUAAUACUUGUUUCGCAUAAUCGCAGCGUAUUUUGGGAGUAUUAUCAAGAUAUUGUUGCAAACGCGCUUGCGAAAAGCGACGUUGACAAUAAUAAAGAGCUACAUGGAACACAUACUAUGGAAUUGUAAAAAAGGAUGAAUAAUGUUAAUAUAAAUAAUGUUAAUACACUCGGAUCUCGUUAUGCUCGUUUCCGAAACGCAUAUUAUACUAAGAUCAUUUUGUAUGUAUUAAUGCUCAAUUUUUUCACUUCCAGCAAUUGCGGAUAAUCUUAUUCAGGAGAUAUUUCCAUUGUAAUCUGGGAGAUAUCUCUUGGAUAAAGUUAUCUAGAGGUGAAGAAAUUAGGCAUAAUUAAAUUUCUCGAUAGAUCAAAUUGCAUUACUUUUGCGUUCAUUAUGCAUCUCUUUUAGCAACAGAAUUUUUUGCCGAGCGUUAUAUUGAGACACGCUAUAUCGAGAUGCGAGUAUAUGUAUAUAAUUUUUCAUAAUUAUGUCUAUUCUAUAAUGGACAAUAUUCAAACUGCAUAUUACAUGAUUAACAAGAUAAAAAAAAUAUCUGUAUUUUUUACUGUCAUUGCGACGAUCAUGAUCAUUUAACGCUGAACAGUAACAGAGUUACGUUUUCUUUUCU